AGGGGCAGUAGGCCUGUCUGGGCUGCACACUGGGGUCUGGCUCCCACUAGGGUCUGGGACUGGAUUAUUUUGCCGGUGCUUUGCCUAAUUUAUUCCUGCUGGGGCCGCGAAGCUCCGGAGGAGAAAGGGACGGGCGGAAGAGUGCAACAGUACGCCCCGACCGGCACGCGGAGCUGCACUGACAAAACAAGAGGAGAACCAGCCCUAACCCUUACACCGUACAGAGACAGGAUCUGAAGAGCUCUGGAACCUCGCACACGUUGUCUGGGGUUUUCUGUUCUUUGGUAAGGCGGUUGUGGCAGAAGAGCCAGAGGAACUCGGAGCAGAGGACUCAACGGGGCCAAGGACACCGCAGGACUUGUUGGAUGAACUUUGAUCUCGAAAGACUGUUCAGAGAGAGGAAGAGGACUUACAUUAAUUCAUACCAAGCCUGGGAGAACUCCCUGGACAACGUUUACCAGUACGCUACAAAGCUGCUCCUCCACGCCACAGCCAACAUAUUAAACUGUAGAAAGGAUAUCAAAAUACCUUUUUAUAUAGCUGAGAGGAAAAACAAUGUUCUUCCUCUUGCACAGACUCAGUGAGAUGAUCUUGAACCGUGAGAUCAGCAGAUAACUCAACGCAGCAGGAACAGGUCGGACUCGUUUAAGGGAAGAGGGCAGGGCAGUUUAACCCUGCCUGAAGGCGGCUAGUGCCCCCCCCCCCUCCUCCUCCUCUCGCCUUUUCUGAGAAGUAAUGAAAGAGACAGCAAGCGAGAGAGAGAGAGAGAGAGAGAGAGAGAGAGAGAGAGAGAGAGAGAGAGAGAGAGAGAGAGGGAAAGAGAGAGAGGGGGGGAGAGAGAGAGAGAGACAGAGAGAGAGAGAGAGAGAGAGAGAGAGAGAGAGGGAAAGAGAGAGAGGGGGGGAGAGAGAGAGAGAGAGAGAGAGAGAGAAAGAGAGAGAUCACGCAAAGAACAGUCUGAGAUUCUUCCAGUUAGAGUAGGAGAGUUUAAGUCCCCCACUUCUUGGUGGGGAUUAGGGUAAGAUUAGGUGUUUUUCGUCAUCGAGGAGAAAAGCAAGAGAGCAAGGGAGGGAGGGAGGGAAGGCAACAAGGAGUAAUUUAGUGUUUCCUGUGAGAGGGCAGGCUGCACCCUUUUCUCUGCCGUGAACUUUGAACCACUCCACUUGUGUCUGACUUCUUCUCCCCCCCCUUCUUUCUCUCAAACCUCAGGAGCCAUUACUCUGAGGUCAAGACAAGAAGAGGUGGAACCGAGAAGAGGAGAGAAAGCCCCAAGUCCUCUGAAGGACCUCCAGGUCAUUCAGCACUGGGGUAGAGGUCAACCCCCCCGAGGGACUCUCGGACUAGUUCUUCAACUUGGGCUCUUUGUUAUCCACCCUUCUCCUCGAGGAGGGGGGACAGGCUACUCUGAUCCUGGAGCCCUAGCGGUCUCCCCCAUGCAGUAGCAGAGGACUGUCCUCCAGCGGACUACUUGAAGGGUGCGUCGUAUGUUUGACGGGGCUGUGCCUCGCGGUAACAUGGCCAUGGUGAGCGGGGGAUGGGGCGAGCCCAACGGGGACACCAACGGACUGGGCGGGGGUGGGGGGAAGCUGUUCCUGAAGCGGGACGCGGAGGGGGGCUCGCCGCGGGCCGGCGGCAGCGACGCCGAGGCGGCGGACGAGGACCGGGCGUGCGUGGUGGACUGCGUGGUGUGCGGCGACAAGUCCAGCGGCAAGCACUACGGCGUGUUCACGUGUGAGGGCUGCAAGAGCUUCUUCAAGAGGAGCAUCCGGAGGAACCUCAGCUACUCCUGCAGGUCAAACAGAGACUGCCAAAUAGACCAACAUCACCGAAACCAGUGCCAAUUCUGUCGGCUAAAGAAAUGCUUUCGUGUUGGCAUGCGCAAAGAAGCUGUCCAGCGCGGCCGCAUCCCCCCCACCCACCCGGGCAUCAGUCCCACCUCCGUGGGGGGGGCCUUGGGGGGCCCCGGCCACAUCGGGGGUGACUACUUCAACGGCCAGCCGGUCUCAGAGCUCAUCUCCCUGCUGCUCCGGGCCGAGCCGUACCCCAGCAGCCGCUACGCCGCCCCCUACGGCCAGACGCAGGCCGCCCCCAGCGGGGGGGCCGCCCCCAGCGGGGCCUCCGCCAUGGGCAUCGACAACAUCUGUGAGCUGGCCGCCCGGCUGCUGUUCAGCACCAUCGAGUGGGCCCGGAACAUCCCCUACUUCCCCGAGCUGCCCGUCUCCGAGCAGGUGGCGCUCUUGCGUCUGAGCUGGAGCGAGCUGUUCAUCCUGAACGCGGCCCAGUCGGCGCUGCCUCUCCACAUGGCCCCCCUGCUUGCCGCCGCCGGCUUCCACUCCUCGCCCAUGUCCGCUGAGCGCGUGGUGACCUUCAUGGACCAGGUGCGCGUGUUCCAGGAGCAGGUGGACAAGCUGAGCCGCCUGCAGGUCGACUCGGCCGAGUACAGCUGCCUCAAGGCCAUCGCCCUCUUCACCCCCGACGCGUGCGGGCUGACAGACUCCGCCCAGGUGGAGGCGCUACAGGAGAAGGUCACGGAGGCGCUGAGCGAGUACGAGCGCUCGCAGUACCCCGGGCAGCCGCAGCGCUUCGGCCGCCUGCUGCUGCGGCUGCCUGCGCUGCGCGGCGUGCCCGCCGGCCUCAUCUCACAGCUCUUCUUCAUGCGUCUGGUCGGGAAGACGCCCAUCGAGACGCUCAUCAGGGACAUGCAGCUGUCAGGCAGCUCCAUCAGCUGGCCAUAUGUGCCGGGUCAGUGAGCAUCAGCCUCUACCCCGCCCC